AUGAAGAUUGCUGGCUGGAAUGUCCGCACUCUUCGUGACGAAGGAACGCAGUCUCUCACAGUCGUCACCUGGCGCUCCAAUGACCAAAUUGACUACAUUCUGGUACGGGAGAGAUGGGCAAGCUCUAUACUUGACUCUCGAGCCUAUCGAGGUGCAGCUAUGGGCAGUGCGCAUGGAUCGGAUUAUACACUUGUCCGCGCAAGCCUCCAAAUUGAAUGGAAGGCUCUCAAAUCUGUCACCGUCGAAGCGGCACACGCCCACCUUGGUGUCACCCGCCGCCUAUAUCGAGACUGGAUCACCGUGGAGAGCCUUCGGCUGGUGGAGGAGGUGAGGGUAGCGCGACUGACAGAAACUGCGAACUUUCGCGAUCUACGGCGCCGCGCAACUCACUCCAUCCGCGCUGAACGAAAUGCACAUUGGCGCGCCUUCGCCGAAGAGACUAUGCGUGCAGCAGCCUGUGGUGACUCUCGCAAACUGUACCAGAUGGUGAGGCGGGCGAGUCGCAGAACUACGGGGGUGAGUGAGACGCUUCGCUCCCGUGAUGGUGCUAUUACAGCAGGUCUGGGCGAGCAGCUAAAUCUGUGGAAAGAGCAUUUUAACGAGCUACUCAAUCAUCCGAAUCCGGCGACAGAAGUGUCCGUUGAACCGACCGAUGAAUACGACUGCAACACUGCACCCCCAACGGUAGAUGAAGUGCGAGAUAUUCUGCGCCAUCUGCGUAACAACAAGGCUCCUGGUGAGGAUGGUAUACCUGCAGAAGUAUAUAAUGCCGUGCCAGAUGUAUUCGCCUCGUGGGUGUAUCGUGUCUUCAAUGCGGUCUGGCUCUCUGAGACCUACCCUGCCGAUUGGAACGAGGCCAUCCUACUGCCAUUUUUCAAAAAGGGUGAGAGGUGA